AUGUCAGAUUCAAGAGCAGGACUGUUAUCUUCAUCAAAUGGGAAAUCUGGUUAUAUCCCUAUAAAUAAUGAUUUAGAAUUAAAUCAAUCCAAACCAUUACCAGAUUUACCAAAUUCAAAUGGGUUAGAGGGGGGUCUCCAGGGACAUCAGCAUCAUGUGGAGAAAUCAAGUAAGAAACUAAUUGCAGUUAUUGCCUUAUUCUUAAUAUCAUUAUUUUCAUUUGUUUCACAAACUGAAUUAACUUCAUAUCUUUAUAAUGGAUUAAAUUUUAAUCAACCUUAUUUAUUAUUAUAUUUAACACAUAGUUCAUGGAUAAUGAUUUGGCCUAUUCAAGUGAUUUCAAUAGCUAUUUUCAAACAUUUUAAAAAAUCCAAAAGACAUGGUUAUAAUAUUUGGGAUUUAAUUAAAUUUAAAAAAAACAUUGGACAUUCAUUAAAACAUCAACAUCGUAAUAUUUUUAAAACUUCAGGAAUUUUAAUAAAUCAAGAUAUUAAAUAUGAUCAUGAAUACCCAAAUUCAAUAAUUUCAUUCUUAUCAACCCCAUCAAUUAAACAUAUUUUCCAAAGAGUGUUUUUUUUAACUAUAAUUUUAUCUAUUGCAGGUUGUACAUGGUAUGUUGCAAUGGGAUUAGCUCCAGCAUCUGAUAUUACUGCUAUAUAUAAUUGUUCAGCUUUUAGUGCUUUGAUAUUUGCAAUUCCAAUCUUACAAGAAAAAUUCACAUAUAUAAAGAUUUCAAGUGUGCUUUUGGCAAUUAUUGGAGUUUUUUUCGUUGCAUAUGGUGGUGAAAAUGAUUCAAGUGAUAAAAGUUUCCCAUAUAGAGUAAUUGGUGAUAUUAUUAUCAGUAUAGGUGCCGUGUUAUAUGGUCUUUAUGAAGUUAUUUAUAAAAAACAAUGUUGUCCACCAAAUAAUGUUGUUAGUUCUAGGAGACAAGCUGCUUUUUCAAAUUUUUGUGCUUCAUUAAUUGGAUUUUGUACAUUUAUAACAUUAUGGAUUGUUGUUUUGGGAGCACAUUUAACAGGUAUAAGUAAAUUUUAUUUAAUUACAAGUGGAUUCGAAUGGUUAAUUAUUAUCUUAUCAUUAUUAUCAAAUAUGAUUUAUUCAUUAUCAUUUUUAGCAUUAAUGUCAUUAACAUCACCUGUUUUAUCUUCAGUUAGUUCAUUAAUCACUAUCUUAAUUGUUGGAUUAUUUGAAUGGAUCUUAUUUGGUGUUAAAUUAAGUUUAGGUCAAAUUAUUGGUGAUUUAUUUGUUGUUAUUGGAUUUGGGGUAUUAAGUUAUUCAUAUUGGGCAGAGAUUACAGAGGAAGAUGUUGAUGAAGAUGACGAUUUCGAUGCUACAGACAAUGAGAAUUAG